AUGGACGACUACACGAGGGAGAUGAUGGACCUCAAAACCCUAGUGACUCGAACUCUCGAGAAGAAAGGUGUUCUCGCUAAGAUCAGAGCUGAGCUUAGGGCAAGUGUUUUUGAGGCCAUUGAAGAGGAAGAUCGGGAAAUCGAAAAUGAAGAUAGUGUGCCUUCUGCAUUACUGGGUAGCUGCAAUGACCGUGCAAAACAACUUCAUGUUUCUCCUUCAGGAAGGCUACUAACAGCACUGAUAUGUGAAUACCUGGACUGGGCACAACUGGGUCACACCCUAAAAGUUUUUCUGCCUGAAUGUAAUUUGCAAAAGGAUUUUUGGAAAGCUGAGUUGAAGGAUUUCUCUAGCAAGAAUGAAUAUGAUUUGAACAGGAAUGGAGAAAGUGGUCCUUUGCUUCUAGAUGUUCUUGAAGGGUACUUGAAAUUUGAGAACUUAUCUCAAGCAAGGGCUACUGGUAGGAAAAUAAUCAGUCCAGAAACAGAGUCCUUGUCCAAUCUAGAAUUCAGGAACAUCCGAAGACCAUCAUCAUCAUCAUCUGUUGCUGGAGGAUUACCACCACUUGGGAGGCCAAUUCCUGUUUCCCAAACAUCUGAUAGGAGAACAGGUUCCUCCAUGCCAGGGUAUGGGAAGGAUGAAUACAACUGGAGAUAUGAUAACAAUGAAAUCUCAGAGGAUGUAAUUCGAGCCUCAGAUGCCUUGGAAAACAUCCACUUGGAUAGAAAAGCACGAAAUUUAACAUCUUGGCGCUAAAGACAUCCCGAAAGAGCUGAUGGGGAAAAUCUCAAAAUUGUCCAGCUGUGGAAUUUAUCUAUCAUAUAAGAGUGGCACACUCAGCUGGUAGAUCUGGGUGGGUGGGGGGAUUAAUCCAAAUGCAUUGCUUGUGUUGCUCUGGGCUGUGCUUUGCAGAACCAACUAAAAUUCAGGGGUGGCUGGGUUUUGAAUGUUUGUGGAAAAUGGAACUUCUAUCUCAUGUUGAGGUAUUUUAUUGUACCGUAUUACCAGUAUCAUGGAAAAUUACAUCACAUAUAGGACAAGGUGCAUACACGUACUCAGAAUUUGAACAAGUAUUCAACAUGGAAACUCUUCCCAUUUGAAGUGUCCGUGUUACAUUGCAUGGAAAUUGGGUGUGAGUUGGAAGCUGAAUAUUGCAGUCAAACUGUGAUUUGAUCUUCUUGGACCAUAUAAUAUGGCAUGUGUUUUGAGGGAAAUUAAGAGAACAAGAAUGUUCUUCUCGUUAAGGACCCACUGUUGGUUGUCUUGAUUUCAGGCAUACUGGGGAUGGAAUCACAGAUGAUGGUGGCAAAGCAGAACAUAUCUAGUUUCCAUGUGACUGUACUUGUAGCAUUCUGAAUGUUUAUCUUCAUGGUUCCACGUUAUUGUUUAUUAUCAUGGAAAUGGGAAAAACCGGGUCAUGUAUGAAGUAUGAUUAUAUCCUUUGAUUUUAGUAAUUUGGUUGAGCUUUUCUGUUUCCCAAAGUGUGGGUUCGUUU